CCGCGUCCUGUGAGGUCCAGUGGCCGCCAGGGCGCGACCACACUUAGGUGAGUGGAGAGCGCACAUGGCAGCAGUGGGGCCGCGGACCGGCCCCGGCACCGGGGCCGAGGCGCUAGCGCUGGCGGCAGAGCUACAGGGCGAGGCGACGUGCUCUAUUUGCCUAGAGCUCUUUCGCGAGCCGGUGUCAGUUGAGUGCGGCCACAGCUUCUGCCGCGCCUGCAUAGGGCGCUGCUGGGAGCGCCCGGGCGCUGGGGCUCUAGGGGCCGCGACCCGCGGGCAGCCAUUCCCACUGCCCUGCCCGCAAUGCCGCGAGCCCGCGCGCCCCAGUCAGCUGCGGCCCAACCGGCAGCUGGCCGCAGUGGCUACACUGCUGCGGCGCUUUAGCCUGCCCGCGGCCGCCCCGGGGGAGCACGGGUCCCAGACGGCAGCGGCUGCCCGGUGCGGGCAGCAUGGCGAACCGCUCAAGCUCUACUGCCAGGACGACGGACGCGCCAUCUGCGUGGUGUGCGACCGCGCCCGCGAGCACCGCGAACACGCCGUGCUACCGCUGGACGAGGCGGUGCAGGAGGCCAAGGAGCUCUUGGAGUCCAGGCUGAGGGUCUUGAAGAAGGAACUGGAGGACUAUGAGGUGUUCCGGUCCACAGAAGAGAAGGAGAGCAAGGAGCUCCUGAAGCAGAUGGCAGCGGAGCAGGAGAAGGUGGGGGCAGAGUUCCAGGCACUGAGGGCCUUCCUAGUAGAGCAGGAGGGCCGGCUGCUGGGUCGCCUGGAGGAACUGUCCCGGGAAGUGACACAGAAGCAGAAUGAGAACCUGGCCCAGCUCGGGAGUGAGAUCACCCAGCUGUCCAAGCUCAGCAGCCAGAUCCAGGAGACAGCUCAAAAGCCUGAUCUUAACUUUCUCGAGGAAUUCAAAAGCACGCUGAGCAGCCUGUGGGAGGAAAGCGGUGCACAUAGGCCCUUCUCAGAGCCCCUGUCCUGCAGGUGCAGCAAUGUGCCUGGCCCCAAGCCAACCACAGUCUCUUCUGAGAUGAAGAAUAAAGUCUGGAAUGUUUCCCUCAAGACCUUUGUCUUAAAAGGGCUGCUGAAGAAGUUCAAAGAGGACCUUCGGGGAGAGCUGGAGAAAGAGGAGAAAGUGGAGCUCACCUUGGAUCCCGACACGGCCAACCCGCGCCUCAUCCUCUCUCUGGAUCUUAAGAGUGUGCGUCUCGGCGAGCGGGCCCAGGACCUGCCCAACCAUCCCCGCCGCUUCGACACCAACACCCGUGUCCUGGCAUCCUGCGGCUUUUCCUCGGGCCGGCAUCACUGGGAGGUGGAGGUGGGCUCUAAGGACGGCUGGGCUUUCGGCGUGGCCCGGGAGAGCGUGCGCCGAAAGGGCCUCACGCCCUUCACCCCCGAGGAGGGCGUCUGGGCCCUGCAGCUCAAUGGUGGCCAGUACUGGGCCGUGACCAGCCCCGAGAGGUCGCCCCUCAGCUGCGGGCACCUGUCGCGUGUGCGGGUGGCCCUGGACCUGGAGGUGGGAGCCGUGUCUUUCUACGCCAUGGAGGACAUGCGCCACCUCUACACCUUCCGUGUCAACUUCCAGGAGCGCGUGUUCCCGCUUUUCUCUGUCUGCUCCACGGGUACCUACUUGCGAAUCUGGCCUUGAGGGGCACUGCUCCGAGCUCCUGUCUCCGAGCUGCUGGUGGGAAGGGAUAUCGCCUCCCCAGAGCUCCCUGGUCCAUCUUGGGUCUGGCCUCCCUGCUCCAGACCCUGGUUGCUAUAGACACAACCCUGAAGCAGGAGACUGAGACUACGGCCAACUGAGCAGGGGAAGAGAGACUUUGGACUCUUGGGGGUUCCUUUCCUGAGGUCACAUAUGGAUUUGGCCAGAGCCCUCAGGAGGUGGAGGCUGGUGAGGUCAGGAGCCCAGCUCUCCAAAGGGCUUCUGCCCUGACUGGAAAGGCGUCUGACUCCCUAAAAAAAUGUCAAAGCCAGUCCUGCUGUUUCCCAUUGCCAGGGGACAGGUCUGGGCCCGCCUGCCAGGUUUGCUAUCAUGGCUGCUGCCUUCUGGAUAGCUGCCAGCUCUACCUUGAGAGGUUGUGGGACCUCUGGAUCCAGCUCGCCUGACAGGUCAUCUACUCAGGGAGGAGCCCUGUGCUCCCAGCUCAGAGGACAGUCUAGGCCAGAACUGGAAGGAGGUCCUUAGACCGUCUGUGAGAGAGAAGCCCAGGACAACAGCCAAUGGGUAUCACAGCUCUCCAGCACUCUUAGCCAGAAGAUAGAGAGUGAUAGGUGCGUCCUGACCAAAGCAACAACCAGCAUGUGCUCUCACAAACACCUGACCCCCCACUUUCCAGUGCCAAAGUAUAAACAUUUCUGGGAUAAGGAGAUCAAAGCUUCUGGGACUUUAUUUUUUUCUUUCUUUUUAAUUUUUUUUUUUUUUUUUUUUUGUGACAGGGUCUCACUCUGUCACCAGGCUGGAGUGCAGUGACAAGAUCUCAGCUCACUGCAACC